GUCCGAACGAGACAGAGAGGAGUAAAAGCAAGCGGCGACUACAGCCUAACGGCAUCCGUGCGAAGCGAGCCGCACACACACUCCAGUCGUUCUGGGGAAAGUCAUCCUCUCACCAGUCAGAUACCUGCAGCCACUCCAGAGCAGCACAAAACUCAACAGGACAGCCUUGGAACUUUCCGAUAUAUAUAUAUAUAUAUAUAUAUAUAAAUAACCAAAGCAAACUCUUCUUUUUCUGACUGCCCGACUGACUUCCAGAUUUGUGCGCAGUUUUAAAGAGGAUGGGCAGAUUUCAAGCGCUGGUGUUUGUGUGCGUCGGAUGGACCUGUUUAACUGCGGCGUUCUCGGAUCUGCUGAAAGAUCAUAUCCGCGGGCUGAGGGCAAUUUCUGGCUUGGGUGAGAAUUCGACGGAGUCUGCUUCCUCCCGGAAGGAGAGCCCCGCCAUCUCCAAAACACCAGACCUGCUCCAGGACACAAUGUCGGAUCACAUGCUGAUGCUCUAUGACAAGUACAAUAAAGCUGGCUAUCAGUUCAAGGAUGGAAACACGGUCCGUAGUUUCAAAGCUAAUUUAGGAUGGAUUGGAGGUAAACAGCUGCAGAUUUUUAAUCUGACCUCUCUAGCAAAAUCAGAAGAUAUUUUGUCUGCCACUUUACAUUAUUAUGUAGGUGACCUUGUAAACAACACUAGGUGCCCUUACUUAAAUGGCUGCAAUCAUCACUUUCACAGAAAACAAGUCAACAUUGAUCUUUCCAUCUGGGUUUUUGGCAUUGUCAACAAUAAUACCAAAAUCCUGGGCCAUUAUGUGAUAAGUACAUCUACUUUUUAUCGAGACUUUCUCUCUUGGCAAUGGAAAGACAUCACACGUGUGGUCAACAAUGCCAAGUCAAAUGAUGACUUGUUGAUUGGAAUUGAGAUCAUGUCAUCUGGUCCAACCUUUUGGAAGCAGUUGCUUUCAAAGCUUCCACCCUAUAUAUUGGUGUAUGCCAAUGAUUCCACAAUUUCAGAACUGGACAGUGUGGUGAGCACCCUUCAGAGACAGCGGGGAUCAAUUGUUACCAAAAUGCAGAAUUUCGGAAUCAGUGCUGCAAACAGAACAUUCGAAAUGAGGAGGAAACGGUCCGCUAACUUACUCAUGCCCUUGCAUAAUAAUGAGUUACCCGGAGCAGAGUAUCAGUACAAUGAGGCUGACACAUGGGAGACAAGGAAGCCUUAUAAAAAGCUACAUCCUCGGCCAACAGACCAGCAGAGGAAAGGAAAGCAGAGGAAGGGCAACAGACAGAAAUCACAAACUCUGCAGUUUGAUAAGCAAACAUUGAGGAAAGCAAGACGGAGACAAUGGAAUGAGCCCAGAAACUGUGCCCGUCGCUACCUGAAAGUGGAUUUUGCAGAUAUUGGAUGGAGUGAGUGGAUAAUCUCCCCCAAGUCUUUUGAUGCCUACUAUUGUGCAGGUGCUUGCCAGUUCCCCAUGCUAAAGUCAUUGAAACCCUCCAAUCAUGCUACGAUUCAGAGUAUAGUACGGGCAGUGGGCGUGGUUCCAGGGAUACCAGAACCAUGCUGCGUACCUGAGAAGAUGUCAUCAUUAAGCAUCCUAUUUGUUGAUGAAAACAAAAAUAUUGUCCUGAAGGUCUACCCAAACAUGACAGUGGAAUCAUGUGCUUGCAGAUAACUUCACGGGCAAGAUGUUCUUUGAUUUUUGGGUUUGCACUGCAUUUUUGUUUUUUUUUCAUUUUGAAUGAAAAAAGGAAGUCUUCCAAUAAACGAAAACCCAAUGGUGUCUUUGGAUGAAAAGAUCUGAAAGAUAUCGUUUUCUUGAGAGUCCCAAACACCUGCAUUAAAGAUGCAAAUUUUUUGAAGUAAAAGCACAUGGAGGUAUCAGAGCCCUGUGUCUAGAAUUCAGAUUCUGAAAUGGAGCUCCAUUUACUGUAGAUUUCUUUUAAGUUUUUAAAGACAAAUUGAUAGAAAUUGCUGUUGCACUUCGACAGAUGCUCUUUCAUGGCUGUCAUGUGGUUAAUUCCACUUCUCCCACCCACCAGCACCCACUGGCUCCCCCUUGCAGCCAGUCUCACAGUGUGAUGAACAUUUUGAUUCAUCCUUUGCAUUUUAUUCCAGUACUAUUAAAUAAUUAAGUAAUUUGAAAUAUAACACAGUAAUGUGAAUCAAUGGAAAUGUAUUAUUAGAAAAACAAUCAAUUUAUUUGUUAAUUUACCUUACAAUUCACAUGUUCUGUGCAUAAUGUUUUAUUUAAUUUUAAUUGUCAACACUUUUUAAUGCAUAUUGCUGAAAAUAUUGCAUGGUAUUCAAGCAGGUUUUUUCAAACAAACAAGGAAAAUCUGUACUCAGAGGUGACAGGAUGGUUGCAGGAUGUUUUCUGGAGCUGCCAAAUACAGGCCAGGUAAAUCUGUAGCACAUCAGGAAACAUUAGUAAUCAGCGGACCUGCAAUGAUUCAGAGGUGUCCACUCUAGAUACAAAUGGACAAAAGAAACAACUCCCUGGAAUUAUGUCAUUGAGUUUAACAAUAUUUAUGGUCUGUCAGUAAAAUGGAUGCAGCACUUCUCUUGCCACCUUAAGACCCUCCUGAUAUUAAUCCAAAAAACAAGAGAGAGAUAAGACCGCUGCAGCUGCAAGACCUGCCCUCUGUUGAGGCAAUGAAUUGGUCUCUUCAAUAAAGUUGCAGUAAUGUGGUUGAUAUAAUUGCCCACAUGGUUAGUCAAUUAAGUCAAAACUGUUAAUUAUUUGUAAUUUGAUUGGAGGUUCUAUUAUUCACCAUUUAAUGUUGUUUUAACCAAGCAUUUACAUAUAAGUAAAUACAGUGUAACUCUGAUAAUGCUGAUCUGAUUGUUCAGAAAUCCCAGUGUUUCAGCAUCUGAUUUACCCGGUGCGAACUCUCAGUUCCUGCGCACCUUUUAAACUCGCCAGGGCCCCAGUUCCUAUGCUUUCUUUAAAUUUACAGAUGUCUUUCGAAAAUUUUACAAUACCACUGUACAAUAUCUUUUUUAAAAAGUGAAUUAAAAGUGUGUUGGAACAUCAAUUGGAAAAUCUGCUUGUUUGGUAUCACCAAUGUUCUGAGCAUUCUGGAUUAAUGGAGUUUAAAUCUUUGAUAAUCUGUAGGAUUAUUAAAAAAACAUACAUCUCCACCCUCACCCAUCCAGAGAUUUAAACAGCCCUUCCUGUUGAGGCAAUAAUUCGUGUGCACCCCCUCCAGCCUCGAUUACUGCAAUCAGUGCUCUCAUUAUGACCCCCUCUACAUCACCGCAACAAAGAGCAGGCCAGGCAACCGGUUUGCAGGGCACCUGUGCCCUGUCUGUAAAGGCCACCCUGAACUCCCGGUUGCAAACCUUUUCAACUCCCCUUCCCAGUCCCACACCAACCUGUCCAUCCUCAGCCCUCUCCACUGCCAGGGUGAGGCCCAAUGCAAACUAUAAGAACAACACCUCAUUUUCUCUCAGAAUCUGUCUCUCUCUCUCUCUCUCUCUCUCCCCCUCUCCUGGUUCCAUCUUCCUACAACCCACACACUUCACCCACUGGCCUCCUCCCGCACUUGCUUCCAUCGGCCUUUUAUCUCUUCCUUAAAUGGUUCCCAUUAUCACCUUCUUUACUUAUCAGAUUCCAGCACUUGUAGCCUUUGUGUCCCCGCUUAUCACCCACCUGCUUCUGUCUGCUAACUCCACCCUUCCCCUUCCCCACCUAGCUCCUUCUGCCCAUCAUCCCUCUCCUCUCCUCGGUCCACCUGUCACCUACCAGCCCCUAUCUCACCCCUCCCACUCUCCUCUUUAUACCAGCUAUCUCCCCUCUCCACUCUAAAUCCUGAUGCUGGGUUUUGAUCCGAAAUGUCAACAGUUCCUUUCACCUCUACAGAUGCUGCCUGACCUGCUGAGUUCUUCCAGCAAUUUGUCUUUUACUGAGACAAAAUAUAUCCUUCAUUAAUUAUGCUUAAAUAUGCUGCAACUUUGUCUUUUUUGGGCAGCUUUAUUUGAAUAAUUUGCAUAUUGAUGUAAGGAAGUCAUUUGUGGACAUGUCAUAUCAAUGUACUUGUAAAGAAUAAAGGAAAUACUUAUUUCAUCAUUAAGAUAAGGUUGAAGAUGCUGAUGAAUUAAAUGCAGUUUAAGUUUAGCCACUGAUGGAAUUUCUAAACAUUUCAAAUAAGAAAUGAAGCAGUGAGUUUAGCUGCAGAUCGUCACAAUGAUGGUAGCUAUGCUUACUUUUCAGAAGCACAUCCGACAA